AGGAAGAGGAAGAGAGAGAGAGAGAGAGAGAGAGAGAAGCCGCACAGGCGGACACAAGCUGUGCAGGUCCCGCGAUGCCAGUCGGUUCUUAAGCCGCCCGGUUCACCCCCGUGAGAAGGAAAGGAGAGGACACAUUAAAAGACUCCUUUUCCCACCUUAACCACAGACUCUCGGUCUGAAACGGACAGUAGAAACCAAAAGAGACAGCGUUAAAUUGGAGUAAAGCGCGUCCUCCGGUGCAGCCAGCGAUAAGAGGAUUGCUGUAUCCCAAGAACUGCAACGCCGCGUGAAGUGUGUUUAGACGGGAAACAUGUCAUUGUCUGGGAAAGAAAAUAGCUCUACCCCUCAUGCCAAUUACGUGGGACCAUACCGCUUAGAAAAGACCCUCGGGAAAGGACAGACAGGCCUUGUAAAGCUCGGGAUCCACUGUGUCACAUGUCAGAAGGUCGCCAUAAAGAUUGUAAACCGAGAAAAGCUCAGCGAAUCCGUGUUAAUGAAGGUGGAGCGAGAGAUCGCCAUCUUGAAGCUAAUAGAACACCCGCAUGUAUUAAAGUUGCACGACGUCUACGAAAAUAAGAAAUAUUUAUAUUUGGUUUUAGAGCAUGUGUCAGGCGGAGAGCUGUUUGACUAUCUGGUAAAGAAGGGCAGAUUAACACCCAAAGAAGCUCGAAAGUUCUUCAGACAGAUCAUCUCAGCUCUGGACUUCUGCCACAGUCACUCAAUAUGUCACAGGGACCUGAAGCCGGAGAACCUGUUGCUGGACGAGAAGAAUAACAUCAGGAUAGCAGACUUCGGGAUGGCGUCUCUGCAGGUGGGGGACAGUCUGCUGGAGACCAGCUGUGGAUCUCCUCAUUAUGCGUGUCCUGAGGUGAUCCGGGGAGAGAAGUAUGACGGAAGGAAAGCAGACGUGUGGAGCUGUGGGGUCAUUCUCUUCGCUCUGUUGGUGGGCGCUCUGCCGUUUGACGAUGAUAAUUUACGAAACUUGUUAGAAAAAGUGAAGCUGGGGGUGUUUCACAUGCCCCAUUUUAUUCCACCGGACUGCCAGAACCUCCUGCGAGGAAUGAUCGAGGUCGAAGCCGGGAAACGGUUACCGUUAGAGCUGAUCCAGAAGCACACGUGGUACAUAGGAGGGAAGAACGAACCCGAGCCGGAGCAGCCGGUCCCGCGUAAGGUGGCGAUCCGCUGUAUCCCUUCAGCCGAAGACAUCGAUCCCGACGUCCUGGAGAGCAUGCACUCACUGGGGUGCUUCCGGGACAAGAGCAAGCUGAUGAAGGACCUGCUAUCUGACGAUGAAAAUCAGGAGAAGAUGAUCUAUUUCCUUCUGUUGGACCGUAAGGAGAGAUACCCCAGCCAAGAAGACCAGAACCUUCCUCCUCGCAAUGAUAUCGAUCCACCACGGAAGCGCGUAGACUCACCCAUGCUGAACAGACACGGGAAGCGGAGGCCGGAGAGGAAGUCGAUGGAGGUGUUGAGCGUUACUGAUGGAGGUUCACCUGUACCGGCACGGAGAGCCAUCGACAUGACACAGCACGGACAGAGUAAGAACGUGUUCAGUAAAAGCUUGGAUAUCUCGGAUGGCAAACGCAAACCCCAGAGCAAAGAGGAAAGGUCACGGUCCAUCAGCGGGGCGUCCUCUGGUCUCUCCACCAGUCCUCUCAGCAGCCCACGGCCGGUCCGAAAGUUCUGUGUCCCGCCUAAGUCCACUGAGCUGCUCUUGUCCCCCAGUUCUAGUUCUAGUAUCACUGAUUCCCUAAAACCAAACUCCGAUCAAAGCGGGGCAAAACCCCCAACGUCUAACUCCCUGAAGCCAAACUCAGAACAAAGCGGGGGAAAACCCCCAACUUCUAACUCCCUAACACCAAACUCUAUUUCUGAGUUUCUCUUGCCCUACCCAAAGACCCAAACUCUUCCAGCCAAACCCAAAGACAAACCCUUACACUCCGUCCGAUCAAACCCUUUACCUGAAACCGAGCCUGAACCCAUUUUGACAGCCAAGUCAGAACCUUCGACUCCGUGUCAGCCUCAAGCUCCCUGUUUUCCGGGCCCCCCACUGGUGCGACGGGUGACCCCCGCCUCCAUCACUCCCCCUACGCUCUCAGUCCCUUUUAGGCCUGUUGUCCCUCUUUCCCCCAUCCGUCUACACCACUUUCACCCUGUGUCCGGCUCUGACCACACCACCAAAUCUAUCCCUACCAUACAGGUGACCCCCCACCCCUCUCCAAGGGGCAGCCCUAUCCCUACCCCCAAAGGAACGCCCGUGCACACGCCUAAGGACAGCCCAGCGGGAACGCCGACCCCUACGCCACCCCCCAGCCCCUCCAUCGGGGGAAUGCCCUGGAAGACUCGCCUCAACUCCAUCAGGAACAGCUUCCUGGGCUCGCCACGCUUUCACCGCAGGAAACUGCAAGUUCCCACUCAAGAGGAAAUGUCCAGCCUCACGCCAGAGUCUUCCCCAGAACUUGCCAAAAAAUCUUGGUUUGGUAACUUCAUCAACCUAGAGAAAGAAGAACAGAUCUUCGUGGUUAUUAAGGACAAGCCACUGAGCUCUAUAAAAGCCGACAUCGUCCACGCCUUUCUCUCGAUACCCAGCCUCAGUCACAGCGUCGUCUCGCAGACGAGUUUUCGGGCCGAGUACAAAUCUACAGCCGGUCCCACCGUCUUCCAAAAGCCUGUUAAGUUCCAGGUUGACAUCACGUACACCGAGAGCACCGUGACCACCAAGGAGAACGGCAUCUAUUCAGUCACCUUUACUCUGCUCUCAGGUCCAAGUCGGCGCUUUAAGCGGGUGGUAGAGACGAUCCAGGCGCAAUUGUUAAGCACACACGACCAGCCGGGGGUCCAACAGCUGUCUGGCAGCCCAUUGAGUAACUUCUUUGACGUAAUUAAACAACUUUUUUCAGACGAGAAGAAUGGCCAGGUGCCUCUUCCACCUGGCUCGCCCAACAGACACCCAUCUAACGCCCGUCGCCACGACCCUCAGCCUAGUGACUCUAAAUGCCCAGCGGGCAAUCCCAGGGACAAUGCCAAGCUGGUGGCAUCCUUUGGGAUACAGGAGCAGCCCUAACACUUUACCAAUCAAGCUUUUUCAAACUUACCUACAUAAAAGCACUAAAAUAUGUCUUAGACGUGAUGGGAUUUAUAUUUGGACAAACUUUUGUAAGAUGGAAUGAUUGUUUAAAAACAAGUUAUGACACAAAUCCAGACACAUUUCCUCUGUCACCGUCUUUGCCAUGUCAGUUUGCCAGCCCCUUCCCGAACCCCUGUUGUUUCUACCCCAGAUGUUUUCAUGUCUUUACGUCUGCCUUCCCGUUUUCCUCACCUUUGUGACGGCUUGUUUUUGCUGCUAGGAAUUAUCCAGAAAACUUAUUAAAACGCUGCCCCACUUCCCUGCACAUCCUGUGACGGACAUUUAUUGACAGACGGCACUUUUCAUGACGAACAAGCAGGUUACCAAGGAGAUGGACACUUCAUCCUUCGUCACACUCUUCCCUCCCCACUCUCCGGUCUCUCCACGCUUGACAAGGACUAAAAUACAAAUACACACACCGCUUGCCCUACCAUCAUCUCAGCAUCCUAACCUGUUAAAAUGGUCGACCAGCUGGUGGGAAUUGGCUGCUCCAACAGACUCUGUUCCAAAACUUAGUGAGCUGCCUCUAAGAUACUGUACCCAGACAUCCCACCUGUCCCGGAAGGUCCGGGAGUCGAUUGAUAGUGAGUCCCCGAUGGAUGCAAUAUUAUAUACAAUAUCCCGGAAGUCGAUCAAGCGAGAGAGAAAGCCUGUUUCCAUAUGGGUAUUAGAUGCAUUUUCGGUGGACCAAUCACAAGUGGUCAGCCAAGACGCAUUACCGAAACACCUGGGAUUAUCCAACCCGUCUCACGGCAAUUCGUACGAGUUUUACGAGGUGGCUAAUUCGUACGAAUUCAAACAAAUGACCUACCCCUGACCCCGACCC